CUCUUCCAUCUGAAGAUUUAACACAGAGCAGAGCGGAGCUGGUGGUCACACUUGUGGCCUGGAUUGUAGCAGAGAGAGUUAGAGAGAGAGAGCAGCCCUCCUGCAGCCUGUUAGCCCACCACCAUGGAUGUCAAACUGCUGGCACUGAUGGCUCUGCUGGCCGUGGCCACACAUGUACCAACCUGCAGCGCAAAGCCCAUUAGUCUGGUAGAGCGGUGCUGGUGUCGUUCCACCCUCAACACGGUUCCUCAGCGGUCCAUCAAAGAGCUCAAGUUCCUCCACACACCCAACUGCCCCUUCCAAGUCAUUGCCAAACUGAAGAGCAACAGGGAAGUUUGCAUCAACCCGGAGACCAAGUGGCUGCAGCAGUACUUAAAGAACGCCAUUAACAAGGUGAAGAAAUCCAGAAGACGCAAUAACAAGAAAAACUAAACACAAGGGAAGACAUGUAUGUUGUCAGACCUGGCAUCCCUGGGUCGAACCUGUAUACCUCCCUGUCACUGCUAUGGAUGUAUGUAAACACGCUGUAUGUACCUGUCCACCUCUCUGGGCCGCUUGCAGAACCAGCACUUCACCGUCAAACCGUGCCGUCCCCAACACCGCCACCGAUCCCUCUGGACACCCAUGCAGUCACCUCCAACUCUCCAUGUUAGCACCAAGUGCUAUUAUACCUUGGAAUGAUGGGACGCAUGCUGAUGUCAGAUAUAUGUAUGUGAAUGCUGGGUGAUUGGCACAAGAGAGAGAGAGUGUGUGUGUGUGUGAACUAACUCUGUGUGUCUGCAUAUAGUAUUUUUUUACUUCACACAGCUAUAAAGGAACAAUUUGAGCUUUCUGUCUCACACAAGGCUUUGUGGGUAAUGCUACCUUCACUUCCUGUCAUAUUAACUCUAAAUACGAGCUGUAUUUACAUUCACGAAGUUUUUUGAAUCGUGAAUCAUGAGCCUCUUAGGAAGACUUUGUUGGCAGGUUCUGUCUAAAUGUCCAAUGCCCAAAUGUGGUUUGGCAAACUGAAGAAAUGUAUCAUUCACAAACGGUAAAAUCUAAAGGGAAUACACUUACUUCCACUGGUUUUUGAAAAGAGUCUACUUUACAUUCAUUAAAAAUAUUUGGGAUGGUGAUGUUAAAGACUUCUUCAGACUUCUGAUAUGAGGUGAAUCUGGCAUUACUCCAGGACUGAGGGGUCAUGGGACAGACACAGAGAGGCUGGCCAAUGGGGUCACAAGCAGUGACCAAUCAGGGCAGGCCAUGCUACAACAAUAUCUUGAAUUGUCUUCAAGCUUGCUCCACCAUCAGGAACAAAACAGAUGGGCGCUCACACACACUGCUAAGAAACAAGCACUGAUUUUAUGGUGCUAUAUAUUCAGUAUAAAGGCUCAGAGCCAUUGACAUAAUUCAAUUUCACUGUUUAUUUUAUGCAAGAUUUAAGAUGGGAUGUUGUAACUUUUAUGUCUUAUAUGAAACACAAUUAUGUUUUUACCAGAGAAUAUUUAAAGCGCUGUUGUUAGAGUCUGAUAUGAAAAAUUAAAUGGAAAGAUGAUGUUAUGUCAUCCUCAUACAGCGGUUCGUAGAUAUGUUACGAAAAGUAAUGCACCAUUUUUGUGCAUAAUCCUACCAAUGUCCAGCAACAGGUGUACCGGACCUUAGUUGUUAUUAUUGUCAUAAUAAACACACGGUUAACGUUGUGAAAUGGUCAUUGUUUGGUUAGGUUUAAGCACCAAAACUACUUGGUUAGGUUUAGGAAAAGCUCAUGGUUACGGUUAAAAUAAGUAAGUUAUGUUAAUAACUCACAGUAAGUAAGUCACGUGUCAUAAACACGUAAGUCAUGUGAAGUAAACCACAUAAUGAUAAAUGUAACUGCCUCGUGGCUCCCUAUUACGUGGGUUAUAUACAAAUUAUAGUGCAUUACUUUUCGUUGGUAUAACUACAAAAAGUGUAUGAGUACAGCCUAGUCAAGGCCAUACUGUACUGAUAAAUACUAUAAAGAAGUGAAAUAAAUCACUUAUCAAUGCAACUUUUUUGUUGAUUGAACAUAUCAGUAAACAGAGACCAAAUAUUUAUACAGUAAAACAUGCAACAUGAAGAAACCUGUGAACCUCAAAAAUCAUGACUUUCUAUAUCAUUUAUUGUUAGAAAAAGGUAGAAGAUCAUUAUAAUUCUUAAUUUUGUACACCUCAUCAAAGGGAGUAGGUAAAUGUAUAACAGAGCAAUUCAGCUGCAGUGUUUUCAUACCAACACCUGUCCUUGGUAGGAAUGAAAAGCUAAUAAGUUGUCACAAAAAACAGCAGAAUUACAAAUGUUACAAAGGGAAAGUUCACGGUGGCAAAAAGUUUUUAAUUAUCCUUUUUACAUAUAUAUAUAUAUAUUUGAGCCACUUUAUUAUCAGAUGUGUCUUUUAAAUGUAAUUGUUUAUUUUUACAUUGUGUAUAAUCUUACUAAACACUUUUUUAAUAAUACAAUGUACAGUAGGCAGUAGCUACUAAAUGAAGGCUAGUCCAUAAAAUGCAAGAAGCAGUAUUAAACUUCGUUUUUAAGGUUUCAUGCAAUAUUUCACAUAUAUGUAAUGGUUUGUUUGCAAAUAUGUUAUACACAGUAUGCAACACAUUCCUUUUCCAUGGAAUAAUAUGCUAAUUUUUAUAAUUUUUUUACAAUGUCUAUAAAAAAAAAUCAGCCAAACAAAUCAAAUAUUGUCCUCCUGGUUUGUUGUUCUCUCCACACUGUUUCCUUACCAACCAAUCUGAGACAAAACAUGGGUGAACUGAAUGAAAUCUGUGAAGUCCAACACACAGUGAUUGAAAACAAAAGCUGCUGUCAUUGUGUUACAUGAGUCAGGAAACUAUUCAGCUCAGCCCACCAGUCGUCCCCGUCGAACACUUGAUUCGGUUUUUUUUUAGAGUUUUACUGAGGUUGAUGUAUGAUGUGUCAAUAGAAUCACUGAGCUGAAACUGAACAAAACCUUUGCGUUGAGAUCCAAGCGACUAACAUGUGCUUUCAAUCUGGACACUCCCAGCACCCCACGGGCAUUCUUUGUUUUUUCAAUCUCACAACUGCUGCCAUGUCACAGAAUUAGAGCCCACUUUCCCCCCUAAAACUGUAAUGGAAGUCCUGGUGGUUGUGGUCAUUGUUAAGGUCUUUGUUGUGUUUUGUUUUACAUGGUCUAUUUGCUGAGUGCCUGCUUACAGAUGAUAAUCAUAUUAAUUUGCAGCUAAUGGUGCAAUAAUCCUGUAAGUGUAAUUAAUUUCCCAUUCAUGUAAUAGAAGUUAAUGGACAUUAAUUUUAUAUUAUUAUACUAAUUUGUUUAAACACAUUGCUAAAUAAGAUAAAAUGUUCCAGUUUCCAAAUGGACUGAUAUGCAAUGAUAAAUGUCUAAUUUCAUUCAUUUUGUAAAUUCAUUACAAAUUAGUUAGUUACUUAACUUCUCCCUAGAGUCACAUCUAGGGAGAAGAUUGUUUUUACUUCUGUAAACUUUCUAAUGUACGUAUGAUGUGAUAAUUAUCUCAAUAACCGGAAAAAGAUAUUGCAUUACCUGUGGUAAAACUUUAUUAACCUGUUAGCAGCAUUUGUUUCAUUAUUGAUUUAUGUUAAUGAGAUGCACGUAAUAACAGGUAAUUAGUAUUAAUCAGACUUUAAGUGUGUCCCUGUGGAAACAUUUAACAUUUUAGACAAAUAUAUAUAUACUCCUUUAUCAUUGUGCAAAUAGAGCUUUUACAGAAAGUUUUUGUGUGUAUUAUUUGGACCAAAUACACAUUCAGGUUCACUUUUACUCACAAUUAGCGUGAUAAUAAAUUAAUCAAAGAGGGUGCAUGUGUUCUACUUUGGACCCCGAGACAAUGUGAAAUAACUUUAUUUCUUUUGAGGCAGCUUCUGACACAUAUUCUUUACAUUAGUUAGAUGUAUUAGAGUAUUACCCUCUGUAUUGUCACUGUUUAUAAACCAAGAGGCAGAAUUUUGAUACACUAGCCCUUUUUUCAAUAAAGUCAUGUGACAUAAAAAUCA